CGCACAAAACACGAAGUGGCGCUUCCCGGACCAUUACACAACAGCAAACUAAUCUAUCCCCUCCCCUGCCUUUGUUGCUUGCGCCUUAUUACGGGAACAUAAAAUAAGAAGAGUGCCUCACCAUGUCACCACCACAGCCUCCCCCGAAGGAGGUCAAUGUCUCUGAGGAGGUUCAACAUGGCAGCGCCUGGGAACGCAGCACUAGAAUGCCUGGUGACAUGGUCGUGGGCGAGACAAGCACCACUGAGGACGACAGCGACCACACGGGCAAAACCAAUGUCAACCGCUGGCUAGCUCUGACUGCUCUGGCCUUUAUGUGGACGAGCGCCCAGGCUCCCCUGUACUUGUUUGCCGGUGCUCCAGUAUACAUUUACCGUGACCUCGGCGGUCUCAGCUACUGGGUGUGGUUCAUUACUGCCCACCUCCUUGCCACCGCUGCCAUCGCCCCCUUCGUUGGCGCUCUCUCGGAUCUCGUGGGCCGCCGCUAUGUCGCCAUCAUCGGAAGUGCCAUCAUCAUCUUCGGUCAGAUCAUUUGCGGCGCUUCAAUCGACAUGGCUAUGUUCAUCGCUGGCAUGGGUCUCACGGGCAUCGGUACUGGCAUCAACGAGCUCACGGCCCUGGCCGGCACCGCCGAGCUGGUGCCGCUGUCUCACCGUGGUUACUACAUCGCUGGCAUGGUGCUGACCGUUCUCCCGUUUAUGCCGUCUGCCAUGUAUGCCCAGCUGAUUGCGGCCUACUCGAACUGGCGCUACAUCUCGAUCGUGACGACGGGCUGGGCGUUUGCCGGCAUCGUCUUGACGAUUCUCUUCUACUUCCCCCCGCCCCGUGCUCGCGUCCAGGGCUGGAGGGAGAAGAUGGCUCUGCUGAAGCGGACUGACUUCAUGGGCGGGUUCCUGUCUAUUGUCGGGCUGGCCCUGUUUGAGGUCGGCAUCCUCGCAGGCGGAUACCAGUUUCCGUGGACGAGCGCCCGCACCUUGGCUCCUCUGAUCAUCGGCAUCUGCGCCAUCGCCGCGUUUGUGGCCUGGCAGCUCUGGGGCACCGCCAAUCCGAUGGUCCCCCGCAACCUCAGCAAGGCGCCCCGGACGCUGGCUCUCACCAUGAUCAUCACCUUCAUCUCAGGCGCCAACUUCUUCUCGGUGCUGCUUCUCUGGCCCCCUGAGGCUUACAACGUCUACGGCCACGAGCCCGUCGGUGUCGGCCUCCGUGGCCUCCCCUUCGCCUUCGGCGUCUUCACAGGCUGCAUCGUCUCGCUCGUGCUCCUCUCGCGCUUCCGCGGCGGCCAAAUCCGGUACCUGAUCCUCGGCGCCUCCGUACUCAUGACAGUCGGGUGCGGCUGCAUGGCGCUCGCGACGCCGCACAACAUGCACGCCGUGUACGGGAUCCUAUUCGUCGCCGGCACGGGCGUGGGCGGGAUCACGAUCCCGGUAUCCACCGUCGCCACCAUCGUCUGCGCGGGCGACGUGAUCGCGACGGUGACGGCGCUGACCAUCGCGGUGCGCAUCGUGGGCGGCGCCGUCGGCUACGCCGUCUACCUCAACGUCUUCGUGCAGCGGCUCGUGCCCGAGCUGGGCGCGCUCGUCGGCGCCGCCUGCGCCCGCGCCGGCGUCACCGACCCCGUCGUCGUUCGCGAGAUCAUCGAGCUGACCGCGGCCUCGCUCGUCAAGGAGAUCCGCGGCCUGCCGGGGGUCAGCGACGCGGCGUGGCUGGCUAUCGUCGCCGCCGGCCAGCAGGCGUACGCCAACGCCUACCCCUGGGUGUACUACUGCAGUGCCGUCUUUGGCGGUGCCGCGGUUGUUGCUAGCCUGUUUCUGGGCGAUAUCUCCGAGAUGGUGGAUGACACCGUCACCGCCGCCAUGUGAGCGCCACGGUCCUGUGGUUGACAAAGAGGGAGGAGUUUUUGCGACCACAGGGCUGAGGCGAGGCGUGGACACGGUCAUCGGUGAGGGUGAUCGGCUGUCGAGGAGAGUGGAACGGAGGGAGACAGCGGGUGGCUGUGUGGAUAGACGGGAGGCGCGUUUGCCGGUUAGAUUUGCUUGCACACAUGGCUGGGAGGGGGGUGGAAGU